CUAAUUAAAAAAGAAUGCAGAAAAGUUCACUCCCUGUGAAGGAGUGAAACGGAAACACAACAAAAAAAUAAUGUACAGUUAAAUUUUGAAUUUUCUGAAAAAAAGGCUUUCAAUUGCAAUGGACGAGGUGGAAGAUGCUCAUACGGCUAACACUCCAAAUAGUGACGAUCCUGUAAUUAAAGAGAUACCAGUCUUCUUAUCGAAACGUUUGGAGGAUCAGCUGUACUUGUUCCAAUACCCUCUACGUCCAACGACCAAUAAAUUACCCGACGUUAAAAAGUGCUUUAUAAAACCUAAUAAUGAAACUGUUAAACUUGAAGUGCAGCUCGACGUUGUUUCGCCUAAUUUUGACAUUGGAAAGGCGGAAGAUGUCGCCCUUCGUGUGGAUGGACCCGCCGAGCAUCGGAAAAGGGACAAGGAGGUGUUUUUCAAAAAUAACCUUCUCGAUAAAAUAGAGUAUGUAUCUUCAAAAGUAGGUGAUAAUGUGGAACGUUACGGUAUAGGUAUUUUUGAUGGACAAGAAUAUCACAUAACACCUCUUAAGGGUUUACUCCGUUUAAAACCUUAUUAUCCGCAUUUGGACCGUGAAGCUAAAAAGAAAGUCGACGCAAAACAGAAAGAGGAGCCCGCUCCUAGCACUAGCACCGCUAAGCAGGUGACUGUAAAGUUCUCGCAGGGCGGAGAUGCCGAGAAAUGGAAGAAAUUGAACGAAAAUAGUUACAAAGCGAUAAUGCAACGUCAGGCCGAGGAGAAAUGGAUAGAGUGCGACUGGAAACCCCAGAAAAGCGAGCUGAGUAAGUUGGAGAAGAUGAAACUGUUCGCGGAAGAAAGUCGCGAAACUGUGUCAUCUACAGAGGAAACUGACAAUAUUGUGGAUUAUCUAAAACGAUUGGUACCUGAAGAUAAAGAACACGCAAUAUCUUUGCCGUCACUCCCUUCAAAUGUUGUUUCUUUUAAUUCUCUAAGGGUGUUACCGCUCUUGGAGCAAUGCAAAUUACUUCUAAAGGAUGCCAAAAUUAUGACCUUUCAGCAGUUGACCAUGCUCUUAACUGGUUGCGAAGGUUUAACCGCCGACUCUUUGCUGAAAGUUUUACCGCAAGUGGCGGUAUUAGUUAGAGGAAAUUGGGUUGUAAAGUCUGAGAUUCUAUUUCCUAAUGGUAGUUUUUCGUCUGUCAGCGGUGUACCUGCAGAUAUUAUGUGUCGCGCUCGGGACUACGUCCUGAUAUUAUUUACAAAACAGCAAUACAUAGAGCGGCGGAAGGUUUCCGCAAUCAUCAAAGUUCCGUCUGAAGAAACCAAAGAGAUAUUUACGGGCGUGUCAAAACUGAGGUACAGCAAGGGUUGGGAACUUAAUCUACCUAUCGAUUCCGAAUUUAUUAAGAAGUACCCCGAAGUUGUGAACAAGCAGAGCUCAUUAUGGGAAAUGCGCGAGGUACAGCUAAACAACUUUUUCCACACCAACAAGGAGAAAAGGAGGCGUAAAAGCAAAAGUGUCAGUGAAGAUUCGGCUAAAAUCGCGAAGAAAGAUGGUCAAACCCAUGUUAGGGAUAAUCAUUUAAGUGAUAGUGCGGAAACGGACAAAGUGAAACGUAUAAAAACUAUAAAAUUAAAUGACGUCAAUCAUAAAGAUGAAGUCUCAUGAUGAACUCUAUUUUUAGGUUUUUUUAAAAUAUGUUCAAAACUAAUAAUUGUGAAUAUCGAUGGAAUGCGUAAUGUUAAUUUAUUAUGUGUAUGUAAAUAUAUUAUAAUUUAAUA